AUGCCAAUAGAUCGGCGAGUCGCUGAUUUAUCAGAUCCUAUAGAAUCCUCCUCGCCAUUGGAAUCUUCAUCAAAUAGAUUUAUCCAAACUAAUAGAAAAGUGGUUCAAACGGCUAAGAAACGUAGCAAAGUUCCUGUUUCUACAGAGCCUUAUUCCAAAAAAGAAUUAAAUGAAGCAAAUAAAGUGACAAGAAAAAAGGAAGAACUCUUAUCUGAGAUGGUGAUACAAAUACCUUCGUUUUUAUACGAAACAAAUUUUGAAGACGAAUAUAUGAAACAAAUCUUUGUUGAAGCCAAAGUUGAAAAGACUAACUCCAGCUUACCUAUAAUAUCUUGGAAAAGAAAAGUGAAAGCUAGGUAUGAUGCAGAGCGAGACAUUUUCAUACCUUGCAAGCCUACUGAGAUCAACGAGAAGAAUGUUGUUAUACAUAUUAAAGCAAAAGAUUUCGUGAAUUCCUUAAUUGAAGGAGCGAUAUCGCUGUUGGUUGAUGCGUGCAGAGAAGAAGCUAAGCGCCAUAAUCAGACCGCGGUUUCUCAUAUAAUAAUCAUUGUGGAAGGAUAUGUUCAAUUCUUGUCGAAAAUAAGAAAUAUGGAAGAUAAAAGAUAUAAGAAGGCUGUUCUAGAUAAAUUGAAUCCUAAUGAUGAUAAAACUGGAAGCAAGAAGCUGAAGAAACAGGAAGAUAGCGUGUCAUUGUCGGCAAAAGAAAUUGAUCAAUUAGUUAAUGAAACCCAAGUAAGUUUAAACGUCAAUAUAUUUCCUGUCAAGAAUAACAAAGAUGCCAUAAACUGGCUACAAUCAUUCACCUAUACAAUAGCAUAUGCAUUAUAUGAUAAAUUCGAAAGAAACAUAUCAUUGGCCAACCUUGGCACAGUAAAAUCAGGUACUGAUACUAAAUCAACUUAUUUCCAGACUGUUAAACAAUUUAGAUUGAUGACAGAGCCGAAAGUUGAAAAACUAUACGGAUUUUAUAAUUCCGUAUUUGCAUUGUAUUCAAGGUUUCAGACUAAUGAAUCCCUUGGUACGGAUAAUUUUGGUAAAAAUAUUGUCCCCCCAUCUACACAAAGUGCCAUGAAGAAGCUCUUCACAUCAGACGACCCAAAUGAUGUGGUGCACGAGUAA